AUGGUCCGGAUAUCGGCGUUCGACGUGGAACAGUGGAUGGACGAGUACGAGACCACCCCGGGCUGCCUCAACAUCGCCGAGACCUGCGCCGCUUCCGUCUCCGUCAAUGACCUGGUCGCCCUCUCCGAAGACAAGCACGCGCCCAGCCCCGUCGACUUUUCCACAAAGCUCGUCUACGGCCCCAUCCGCGGCUCCGCCCCGCUCCGUCAGAGGGUUGCGGCGCUCUGUGGCGGCGGUGGCGGCGGCGGGGCCGGCUCGGAUUCGGGCGUGCUCUGUGAAGACGACGUGCUCAUCACGCAAGGCGCCAUCGGUGCCAAUUUCCUGCUACUAUACACCUUGGUGAAUCCGGGCGACCAUGUGAUAUGCGUGUAUCCUACGUAUCAGCAGCUGUACGGCGUACCUGAGAGCCUCGGCGCCGACGUCUCACUAUGGCGGCUCAAGGGGGAGAAUAGCUUCGUGCCCGACGUCGCUGAACUCGAGGCCCUCGUCAAGCCCAACACAAAGAUGAUCAUCAUCAACAACCCAAACAACCCAACCGGUGCGCCAAUCCCAACGCCCAUCCUCGCAUCCAUCGUCGCCUUCGCCAAAACCCGGGACAUCAUCAUCUUCUCAGACGAAGUCUACCGGCCCCUAUUCCACGACUUUUUCGACCACGCCGAUGAAGUGCCUCCGCCCAUUACCACCUUCGGCUACAACAAGGUCGUCGUGACGGGCUCCAUGUCAAAGUCCUACGCCCUGGCCGGGAUCCGCAUCGGCUGGAUCGCCUCCAGAGAUAAGGCCAUAAUCCAGGCCAUCGCCUCGGCUCGAGACUACACCACCAUCAGCGUCUCCCAGAUCGACGACCAGAUCGCGUCGUACGCCCUGUCCAAGCCCGUAUGGGAGCCGCUGCUGAGGCGGAACGUCGCCCUCGCGGUCACCAACAAGGCCCUGCUCGAGGCAUUCAUCAAGAAGCACGGGGACGUGUGCUCGUGGGUGAAGCCAAAGGCUGGUACGACUGCGUUUGUCCGCUUUACGCACAAGGGCGAGCCGGUUGACGACGUUCGUUUCUGUCUGGACGUGCUUGACAAGACGAAUGUGUUUUUUGUGCCAGGUUCAAAGUGUUUCGGUCACGGCAAGGACUUUGCGGGCUAUGUGAGGAUCGGAUAUGUGUGUCAUACCGAGGUGCUUGUGGAGGCUCUGGAGAAGCUCGAUGCAUACAUGCGGAAAGACUUCACGUAG